AUAAACCCUGGUCCAGUGUCAUCACAAUCCUCAAGCUUAAACCCUGUCUUAGCACACCUGCAGCGCGCGAAGUCUGCGAGUUUCAAUGGGUAAGCACGGGAAGAAGCAAAACAACCAUCGCAGAGGAGCAAGGAACACUCCUUAUCUCGGUGAAGACGGAGAAGCAGGUGAGCAAUACCCACCCGCUCAAGAACGCCGCGAGCUCCAAGAAGAAGAAGACGACGACGACAAUGAGAUUGAUGGCGAUUCAUCAGCAUCAACCAACGAUAUACCUUCAAAAUUCAUGCUUUAUCAGCAAUCUGUUCAGUCUCCUAAAGGGGACAUAAGCUAUCUGCAGAAAUUCUUUUUAAUGUACGUAGGAGGAAGGGUCCCUCUCCAUCUACAGGAAGAUUUCUGCGGUACUGCUCUUUUGAGUGCGGAGUGGCUAUGCAGCGAUGCAAGAAGAACAGCCGUUGGAUUAGAUAUGGACAUAGAGGCACUUGAUUGGUGUAUAGAAAACAACUUAAACAAAACUGGAACUGAUGUCUCAUCCAGAUCAUUUCUUUAUCACGGCAAUGUCUUGAGACCCCUUGAUGCCAAACGGAUUAUGGCCAGCACUCAGGAUGGAGCACAUGGUUUUCUUGAACUUAAACUAACAGAUUCUCAAUUGCCCGGCAGAGAUAUAGUGUGUGCAUUUAACUAUAGCUGUUGCUGUCUUCAUACCCGCCAAGAAUUGAUCAAGUAUUUCAGGCACGUGCUCACUGUGUUGAGUAAGAAAGGCGGGAUUUUUGUGAUGGAUCUUUAUGGAGGAACAUCAUCAGAGUGUGAACUGCGUAUGCAGAGGAAAUUUCCCCAAUUCACGUAUGUUUGGGAGCAAACCGAAUUUGACAUCAUAAAGAGGAAAACAAGAAUCAGCCUUCAUUUCAAUCUGCAAAAGCCACAAAGGAAACUACGUCAUGCCUUUUCCUACAGCUGGAGACUAUGGUCACUGCCUGAAGUAAGAGAUUGUUUGGAAGAGGCUGGGUUUGGUGCUAUUCACUUUUGGAUGCGACAGAUGCCAAAUAGUGAAGAGAUCAAAAGCACGUAUGGAUUUUCUGCAGGUCAAGACAUAAAAUACGAGGAGGUCACAAGCUUUCAACAGCAGGAUUCAUGGAAUGCAUACAUCGUAGCUGUUGCAUCAACUCGUUAAUAAAAUUUAAUCUUAUGAACUAAAGCUUACACUUAAGGUUGGUGUCUUCAACCUUUUCUUAUUUUUCUGAAGAAUCAAGUGAUUUAAGCCACAUAAGAUGAUUUGCGCUCGAAUUAAUGACCUCUUUCAAUUUUUGUCAUCUCAGUUUGGUUCUGAGUGUUAUGCACUUCAUAACUUACUUGCC